CGUCAACCCCAUCUCUAGCCCUUUACAUAGUACACCAUCAAGUUCCCUAGAUCGAAGUCACCUGCGAGAUCAGAACAAGGACAAAAACUCUGCCAUCCUACCCUACCCUGCUACCGCCUCUCGCCCUUUUCCUCGCCCUCGUCUUCCACCUGCAUACGACAUCCGGUCUGCGCGAUACAACUGAAUACCACAGUAGCAUUGUGUUGGAGCGACGACAUUUCGGUUCCGACUCUGAGUCUUCCAAAGACUUGGGAGGCUCAACCGAUCCUUUCCUACCUCCCUGCCUGUCCAACAAACUUUAUCUGGCUGGGCGGUGUAUCUGCUCUUCUUCUCUCCGUGGGACACGCAUCACAAUAUCACAACCUCAAAUCAGACGUGUGAUCCUCCUCUCCUUUCGAGCGACGAAUAUCCGACCCUUCUCCCCGAACCGCAGUCACUCGACACAAACACUUAAGACGGAUUAAGGAUAUCGUCAAACCAUAAACCAACACAGUUUCCGUUUGCGGGGAUAUAUACAUAUUAUCACACCUGCUGUUCGCGUGCCUUGGCCCUGAGCACCUCUUCCCCGGACAGGCGAACGAACUCUCGUCGCCCAUCCGACAAAUCCCGCACUCACCUCAAGACACAUACUGGGCACACAGCCAUUUUAUCAUCACGAUGGCGCCCCAACGACCAUUCUUCCUCUCCAGCUUCUUCGCAGCCUUUCGGCAACAGCCAGCAUCAGCCCUCCCCACCUCGGCAAACAAACCCCAAUCCACAACCUCGGCGGCUACGUCCGCGUCCACCACAACCACGACGUCCUACUCGGUGUCCACCCCACCAUCCAGCUCCUCUCGCAGCCACUCCACCUCCACAGCGACCUCCGCGACCGCUGCACAGGCUGCCGCCGCCGCCGCCGCCAGGCUACACUCACCGAGGGGCAUACCCAUCCCGCAACAUCCGCGGCGGCGGGGCAGCGACUCCAGCUCUGAAGGUUUCCGGGAGGUACUGGGCGCUGACAGAAUGUACAUCGGUGGGAGGACGGCUGGUGGCGAGGAGAAGUUCUUCAAGCUGGGUGUAGUGAGGAGGGUCAAGAGCGGGGACAGGUUGAGCCUGGACCGGAUGAGCUUAUGAGUCCGGCGAUAAGAGAGGUUCCAACAGUAAAAACGACAACAACAACAACAACAACAACAACAACAACAACGAUACAGGGUGGGGCUGAUAGAUGAAAAGCUGGGACGGAUAAAAUCAGCGCUGGCCAAAGCCUUGGGUGAUAUGGGCCGCAAGAGUUGAAUCAGGUAUGGGUUUGAGAUUUUUGGCGUUCUGGGCGGGAUGGAAAGGGAAGGAAGGUUGCAUACUUGAUUAUGUAUAUCACUAUCAUGUUGGUUCUGUUUGCAUAUAUGAUAUUGGCUGGACAUAUGGGAGAGGAGGACAGCAUUGCCACAUCUUGUCAGCUGUCACUUGCUCUUAUGGCAGAUUAACUAUUCAAGAACCACCACUCGUCAGAUGAAGAAAAGCAUCAUU